UUUUGAAAAUAGUCGGACGUUAUACUUGCCAGGCUUUUAUUUCGAAACUCCGCGUGUUGUUUAUAUGUGGUCUCCGCUCCGUCUCACCGAUUGUCCACCAGAUACUGAACACGAACAUGAAUGUGUUUUGGCGACCUCCCUGCCUGCUUCUACUCGGUGUCCUCUGGGCCUCCCUUUCCCCGUCCUCCUCCUCCGGGGUCUGGAUCCCACCUCACGACCAGGUGGCCAGGGUCGCCCGCUUCGUGGCACACCAGUGCGACUGGGCUUCCAUGGCCACCAUCUCCACCCACAAGCCGGUGGUGGGUCAGCCGUUCUCCAACGCUUUCUCGGUCAGCGACGGGCAGCGGGGCUCCAGCUCCGGGGUGCCCUACAUGUACCUGACCCGUUUGGAGAUCUCCGUCCAGGACCUGAAGGCGAACCCCGCGGCAUCUCUGUCCAUGUCCCUGGCUCAGACUGAUUACUGCAGGGAGCAGGGCUUCGACCCUCAGAGUCCCCUCUGUGCUCGCAUCAUCCUGUCUGGAUCCGUUGUUGAGGCAAAUGGGACAGAGGCUGAGUUUGCGAAGACAGCUCUGUUCAGUCGGCACCCAGAGAUGGUCUACUGGCCGUCGGAUCAUAACUGGUUCUUUGCCAAGUUCAACAUCACACAGGUGUGGGUGUUGGAUUAUUUUGGAGGGGUGAAGACCGUCACUCCAGAGGAAUAUUUCCAAGCCUCACCAUACAGGAAGCACCACUGACAAAGCCAGGGAUUGAACCGGUGAGGAGUUUAGUGUCUAAAGGAGGAAGACACUUAUUCUUUAACAUCUAAUCUCUACUUUUUACCUCCAAUCAAAGUCCAGAACAUUCUUAUACAUCAGUCACUUCAGAUAUUUCUUCUUUUGUGAGAGGGAAAUUAAGAAACUCAAAACUUAACAGUAAAUCACAGGUUUCUGUUGUUGGUCAAAGUUAAAAAUAUAAAUGUGUGUGAAAACGGGUAUCUUAGCCAGGGAACUGCAGAGUUGGAGUGUGACCAGCAGAGGGAGCUGCAGAGCUGAUAUUACAAACCAAUAAGCACAUGAGGAGAGAAGACUUUAAACCCAUCCAAAGGAGCUUACCCUUGACGGGGGGGUCUAUACACAACCUGCCUUGGAGGCAGGACUUAUGUUGUUUGUAAUUGGAUCAUUCCUGCAGCAGUUGACUCCCAGUUUGUUUGUGGGAGGCAUUAAACAACAUUUUCUAUUCGAAUAGUGUUACGCUUUUCUGUUUGUUCAUGCUGAAUGUAAAUAUUGACUUUCAGAAUAAGUUUGCUGUGAAAUUUUAUUUUGUGAGAAAAUAUUGAUGGAAGGUUUGUUUAAAUAAAGUUUUGAGACAAAAACAA